AUGGAGCUAAAACCUUUGACAGGUAAAUAUUGGGCAGCAGCAACCCUCCUGCUGCUUGCAGCUGCUCUGAUGCUUAGCACCUCAUGCUUCGCCUCUUCCAUUGCCAAACCUUCACCUCCUGCUGCCACAGCCACCACCAACUUCUCGGACCUCUCCGUGCUCCUCACGUUCAGGUCACUCAUAACAAAGGAUCCCUUUGGAGCGCUGUCCUCAUGGGGCAACAAGUCGCUCCAUUUCUGUAGAUGGCAAGGUGGGAAGCAUGGCCAUCGUCGUGGUCGCGUUGUGGGUCUCGACCUCGGCUCCCUCGGUCUGGUCGGUACCAUCUCUCCUUCCAUCUUCAACCUCACGUACCUCAGAAGGCUCCACAUGCCAAUGAACCAGUUUAGUGGGCACAUACCACAUGAGCUCGGCCUUCUUGGUGAUCUUAAGCAUCUAAACCUGAGUGACAACGCUCUUGGGGGAGAGAUUCCGGUUGAUCUUUCUCGCUGCUCAAAGCUCCAGACCAUAAGCCUGUGGUAUAAUAACCUCCAAGGAACAAUUCCAGCCAACCUAAGCAGCUGUUCAGUCCUCAGAACAAUUGAACUUUUUGCUAAUUAUCUUGAAGGAGAGAUACCGAGUGAGAUUGGUACACUGCAAAAUCUUGAGCUCCUCAAUCUUUUUGACAAUGGCCUAAAUGGGAGCAUUCCCCCUGAAUUAGCAGCAAUUGCCAAGCUUCAUUCUUUGCAGUACAUGGACUUCGGGAAUAACAAACUGACUGGAUCUGUUCCAGCUUCUUUAAGCAAUCUCUCCUCGUUGUCAUGGUUGGUUCUAGAAAACAACAGUCUCUCUGGAACCAUCUCACCAUCAUUUGGUGACCUUCCUUAUCUUAACACUUUCAGUUUAGCAGGCAACAACCUUGUUGGGGACAUCCCUCCAUCAUUAGGUAACCUUUCUUUCCUCACUGAACUGAGAUUUGCAAGAAAUCAUUUUAGUGGUAAGAUUCCUCAUUCCUUGGGAAAUCUUUAUGGUCUUAACCAUCUCUCUCUAGGAGUAAACAUGCUCACAGGCACCAUUCCUCCAUCAUUUGGGAAUCUUCUUAAUCUAGUUUAUCUUGGUUUGCAAUUCAACAACAUCGUGGGGGUGAUCCCGCCAUCGUUAUUUAACAUUUCCUCUCUUCAGAAGUUGGACAUGCAAAAUAACAGGCUAGGUGGAAUUUUGCCAGACUAUUUUGGAGAGAAGUUUCCUCAUCUCCAGGGACUUGCGUUGAAUGGAAACAAAUUUCAUGGCCACAUCCCUUUAUCACUUUUCAACUGUUCAAUGCUCAACAUAGUUCAAUUAGAUAAUAACUCGUUCUAUGGCACAAUUCCUUCAAGUGUAGGAAACCUCAAGAUUUUGUUGAAACUGCGCCUGGAUUACAACAUGCUAGAGGCAAAUCAAGCUGCUGACUGGGCCUUCUUGGAUGCUUUGACAAAUUGCAGCCAUCUACAAGUCCUGCAAUUGAGUUUCAACAGGCUUAAGGGUGUUCUACCGAACUCACUCUCUAAUCUUUCUACCAGUCUGGAACGCCUUGAGAUUCUCAACAAUGAGAUAGAGGGAAAUAUACCAGAGGGAAUUGGAGGACUCACCAAUUUAAUGGCGCUUUACAUGGGUCCAAACCUCCUCACCGGACCCAUACCUUCUUCUCUUGGUACGCUUUCAAAAUUGAAUGUGAUAUCUCUAGUCGAAAACAGACUAUCAGGAGAGAUCCCACCAACACUUGGAAACCUCACUCAGUUGAUUGAAUUCUAUCUAACUGGCAAUGAACUUACCGGGCAAAUUCCUCCAUCUCUUGGAAAAUGCUCAUUGGGUAUAUUAAGCCUUGGUAAUAACAAUCUUACCGGCAAAAUACCAAAUGAGGUUUUCUUAGCCGACACAAUAAUAGAUUUAAGCUUCCAGAACAACAUGCUAGUAGGCCCAAUACCUUCAGAGCUUGGUUUGUUGAGGAACAUGGUAGUUGUUGAUUUCAAGGGUAACAUGCUAACUGGUGAAAUUCCUGUCUCCAUCGGAGGCUGUCAAAGCUUGCAGUAUCUUUAUGUUAGACAGAAUCUCCUUCAUGGUUCAAUUCCUUCUACAAUGAAAAAGUUAACAGGCCUUCAGGAGCUGGACCUUUCAAGCAACAACCUAUCUGGGACCAUUCCAGAGUUUUUUAGCAGCUUUGCUGGUCUCACAUAUCUGAACCUCUCCAACAAAUUGAUAGGUGAAGUUCCAGAUGCUGGGAUAUUUCAUAAUGCAACAGCAUUCUCAAUUGUUGGAAACGAUGGUCUGUGUGGUGGUAUCCCGGCAGUAGUUUUUGAAUAUCUACCAAAUGGCAAUCUGGACAAAUGGCUGCAUGUUAACAAGGGCGAGCAUGGUGGUCAACAAGCUCUGAACCUUUGUCAAAGGCUAAGCAUUGUCAUCGAUGUAGGAUCUGCAGUGGAGUAUCUUCAUGAUUUCAAGCCAAAGCCAGUUGUCCACUGUGAUCUUAAGCCAAGCAAUAUCCUUCUGGACAGUGACAUGGUGGCUCAUGUUGGCGAUUUUGGUCUAGCAAGGUUUAUAAAUAAACAAGAUAGAAAUCAAUUUCAGUCAUCAGGAUGGACCGCAUUUAGGGGGACCUUUGGAUAUGCCGCUCCAGAAUAUGGAAUUGGCAAUGAAGUUACCACCUGUGGAGAUGUCUACAGUUAUGGAAUACUUUUACUAGAGAUGUUCACUGGAAGAAGUCCUACUGAAGAAAAAUUUCAGGCAGAAUUCAACCUUCAUAGUUUUGUUGCGGCAGCAUUUCCUAAUCAUGUUGAGGUUGUAGCUGACCACAAUCUCAUUCCAUCAAGUGAAGACACGGAGAGGGACCCAAACUCACUCCUUAACAAGGAAGCAACACUCUCAUGCCUUGCUUCCAUUCUGAGGAUUGGCCUCAUCUGUUCAAAACAACUACCUGCAGAGCGGAUGCAAAUGCGGGAUGUUGUAAAAGAACUUCAUAAAAUCAAAGAAAAACUCUACCCAUUAAGAAACAAUGAAGGCACAUUCCAAAGUCAGAUAGCAGAAAGAACACAGGAGCAAGCACAUUGA